UUGGUGUAACAUACAUGUAACAUACAUGUAACAUUGGUGUAACAUUGGUGUAACAUUGGUGUAACUGAUCUGAGCUCGUCACUGGGUUGAUUUACUCUAAGCAGAUUAGCAUCGAGCUAACAGGAGUCUCAAAACUCUUAUUUUGCUUCACUGCUAUGAAAGUGUGGCAGAACCAGGCAGAACUGGUGGAUGAUGGGAAGUCGAAGAGAUGCAGUGCAACCAGACAUCCACGAGGUGAGAGCUGGUCUGUAUGCAUCAGGUGACAUCACAGUGAGCGUGUAGAGGUCAGUAUGAAGAGCGCUGAUUGUUCAGAACCCUGACACAGAUCAAAGAUCUUCUCAGGACUGCACUCUGAGUGUGCUCAGAAACACAUUUGUGUCUUUACAUGUGGCUGUGUUCUGGUUCUGACAUGUGAUCAGGGUUCUCAGUGGUCUACAUCAGGUCCAGGUCUGAUAAACUCUGCAGCGCUCACGUCCUGGUUCUGCAGUCAACAGGUCUUAAAAUACUUCACUAAGCUCCUUAUGACGCUCUGCAGGGAACAGCCGCCGGCCUGCCUCGUCUGUCCUCCAGCCUCACUCUGAGGACAGGCCCAGCCUGGAAACUGGACCCUGGACCCUGGAGCCUAGAUGUGAGGACAGCAGGCAGUGAUCCAAAUAUGGAACAGGUCAGAAACGAGUGAAGCUGAUUGGGGCAGAGGACGCACCUGUCAAGGUAAAGGUUGAUGUGGUUCUCAGGUGUGAGUACCUGAAGGUCGACCCACUUCAGGCCAUGUUUGCAGCCGCCUGGACGUGACACAUGUGUGACCACAGGGCCGACAUGGCCGUCGGGAAGGUGACCUUCACCAAGGCGGAACGAGAGAAGCUAGCCGAGGUCCUCUGGCUGCUCAACUGGAUCUCGGUGCUGACGGGAGCGACCCUGUUUGGCCUCGGCUUAUUCCUCAAGGUGGAAAUUCAGAAAUGGCAGGAAGUGAUGUCAGACCAGGCCAUCCUGUACGUGCCACAUACACUCAUGACCACGGGCCUGGCAGCCUGCUGCAUCAACUUCCUGGGUGGGAAGAUCUGCCUGGACUGCACCGACACCAACAAGUUCCUGCGCUGGAAGCUGGUGAUGAUGCCGUACAUUGUCUGCACCUUCUGCUUCACCUCCUGUGUCCUGGCAGGGGCGCUUAUGUGCUACAGCAUCCGCAGCCAGCUGGAGGAGUCACUGUUCCUGGGCCUGAGGAGCACCAUGCGCUACUACAAGGACACAGACAUGCCAGGACGCUGCUACCUGAAGAAGACUCUGGACCUGCUGCAGAUCCAGUUCCAGUGCUGUGGGAACACUGGGUACCAGGACUGGUUACAUGUACAGUGGAUCAGCAACCGCUACCUGGACAUGACCAGCAGCACCGUGGUGGACCGUCUGAGGAGUAACGUUGAGGGGAAGUACCUGAUGGACGGCGUUCCCUUUAGCUGCUGCAGCACCUUGUCUCCUCGGCCCUGCAUCCAGCAGCAGGUGAGCGACAGCUCGGCUCACUUUAAGUACGACGAGCAGAGCCAGCAGCAGAACCUGUGGAGGAGAGGCUGCCGGCAGGCUCUGAUGGACCACUACACUGACAUCAUGCAGUCCAUCGGACUCACCGUGCUGCUCAUCUGGCUGUUUGAGCUGCUGGUUCUGACGGGGGUCCGUUACCUGCAGACAGCCAUGGAAAAUGUUCUCCGUCUGGGUGAUCCAGACUCAGAAUCAGACGGCUGGAUUCUCGAGAACAGCCUGGCAGAAACAGCCCGGUCCAACUUCAACAUCAUCAAGAACCUGGGGAAGUGUUACCAGGUGGAGGACGACCCAAACAUCAACGUCCCAACAGUCACCGCCGAGCAGGAGGUGCCGUCCCAGCAGGUCCAGAUCCCCUGUGACCAGCUCGCAUCCUGAGGACAGCUAAACUAGUCAAAACUAGUUAACAACCAUCAGCCUGCAACAUCUCAAGAUGUUCUCUAAGAGGCUCAGUUCUGAUCCGGACCAGAGGAGCCAGAGAAAACCUCAGUGUUUGGAUGGACUCCAACCUGCUGAGCACCAAGACGUUCACCAACAAACUGUGACUGGGACACUUUGUACAUGAAACACACCUGUGUCAUUAAACACACCUGUGUCAUUAAACACACCUGUACCUGUUGGUGUUUCACUGUCACACCAGACAAAAUAAAAUAUAAAAACUCUUUCAAAACAAAAGCAUGUUACAUUAGUUCAUUAGCAGUGAACAGUGCAGCCGAUCAGAGGUCACAGACCAUCUGUAGUCCUUUUUGAUGUCACCUGAUCUGUAGUCCUUUUUGAUGUCACCUGAUCUGUAGUCCUUUUUGAUGUCACCUGCUUUGUAGUCCCUUUUGAUGUCACCUGAUCUGUAGUCCCUUUUGGUGUCACCUGCUUUGUAGUCCUUUUUGAUGUCACCUGAUCUGCAGUCCCUUUUGAUGUCACCUGAUCUGUAGUCCCUUUUGAUGUCACCUGAUCUGUAGUCCCUUUUGAUGUCACCUGCUUUGUAGUCCUUUUUGAUGUCACCUGAUCUGUAGUCCUUUUUGAUGUCACCUGAUCUGUAGUCCCUUUUGGUGUCACCUGCUUUGUAGUCCUUUUUGAUGUCACCUGAUCUGUAGUCCCUUUUGAUGUCACCUGAUCUGUAGUCCUUUUUGAUGUCACCUGAUCUGUAGUUCUUUUUUAUCUUUUUGAUGAUCCAGGACUCAGACCUAAACUGAGUCUUUGGGUACAGCCAAAUGAUCAAAACAAUGACCUCCUGUCCUAAACACUUGUCCUAAACACUUGUCCUAAACACUUGUCCUAAACACUUGUCCUAAACACUUGUCCUAAACACUUCAAAGCCAAAGUCAAAGUCAAAGCCAACUUUAUUGUCAAUGCUGCUAUGUGUACAGGACAUACAGAGCAUCGAAAUUAUGUUUCUCUCUUGUCCCAAACAGCAUGGACACGAGUAUAGUAAAAGAUGUAAAAAAAAAUAUAAAAAAUAUAAAAUAUAAUUAUACAAAUCUAAAAAUGGUCCUAAACACUUGUCCUUGACCUCGAUGUUGAAUGGCAUGAGGUGUGAAGGAGAGGUCAUAGGUGAGCUACAAAGUGGUGUGAUGGACUAGAAACAGCUCCAUGUUGAUAUUGGUCUCUGCGUGUUUGCUCACCCUCCUGUUCACUCACACACACACACACUCACACACACACACACACAGACACACACAUUAAUCAAUGAUCAGCUGACUUCAUGAUAAUCUGCAGGACGCUGGACAUCCGUCACAGUUACAGACACUCUGACGUCACACUGAACGUCACAUUCAUGUUUUACAUUCAUCUCAAUGGUCGGGACAACUUAUUAACGUCUGACAACAUUUACAUAACGUUUGUCAAACUGCUGUGUGUGAACGCAGUUCCACAGUCAACAACAGAACACACUUCAUGACGUCAUCACAUAUGUUUAUGAUGUCAUCACGUAUGUUCAUAUCCACAUGCUCUGCUCAUAAACUCAGCUUUGUCUGCUUCACAAUGACUCAGCACUUUUUGUUGCUGCUGCACUGCAUUGUGGGAUGGCAUUAUCUCCUCUCCUUUGGUAAAGGAUGGUCCAGUGUGUCCUCUGAAGGAGAUAAAGAAGGAAGCACUGAAGCUCCUUUCUAUGUUCAGAGGAUUCAAACAGCUCUGAUCAUGUGACCAACCUUCAUCAACAAAUACACACUGAACCGGGUCCAGACUGUCGCACUGGAUCCCCGGUUGACCUUUCCUUCUUCUUCUUUGGUGUCUGUUGAUGUCAGUACCUCUGUGAUCAGACUGCUGUGGUUCCUGUUAGGGUCCAGCAGAGGGAGCCACAGACACACUCAUCACAAAGUCAGUGUCCCCCUGCUGUUCGUCUGCAGCACUGCAGCUCCUCCAGCAGCCAAUCACAGAGGGAGGCGGUUGUCAAGGAGACGGCCUGACCCUCAGAAGCCCCUUCCUCUAUUACUUUGCUCUCCUGUUCACCUCCUUCAUCUUCCAUCAACAGACCACAGUACGAAGCUCCAUCAACAGUAUGAAGCUUCAUCAACAGUAUGAA